AUGGUCCUCAUUGGUAAUCGAAGUCCCUCCGGCAAGGGGUAAGUCAUUCCCACGGGAACACAAUAACGAACACUGGGGAUCUGGACGUCAUCAGAAUACUUUGAAAUGCGUUGAUAUUCCACUCAAUAUGGGCGAUGUUUGGCUAACACAGUACAUUUCUCAAGACACCAAAGAUUGGCCCAAAAUGUCUUUUUUAAGCAACUGACGGUCUAACUUUAGAAAAUUCCGUGGUAACCAAGAAGUUGACUCGAAAGUCUGUCAAAUCAUCCCACACACAAGACGAAACGAGCAGACCGCAGCAAAAUUGAAAAUUGACCAAAGACAGUUGGACAGUGAGGUAAAUUGACAAGUAGGCAGGGGAUCCAUUCAUCUAAAUUCCAACACUCUAUUUGACAACGCAGACAGUUGAGGCUCCAAACAGCCAGAGCGGUGGGAUAGGAAAAAUCAAUUUAAAUCAAGCCAUCUGCACUUUUGUUCGAUCAUGUGCACCAAACGCUUUGCCAACAGAGAGCAGGCCAGACUGCCCGAUACGCCGUAAAUAUGACACUGUUGUCUCGGCGGGACCAUUCCUCAGGCAAAAAGUACAAAUCCAGGGAGUACGACUUUGCUAGUCUGAGAACAAGAAAUUAAAAAUGACCAAAUCGGAUAGUACUAGCUAGAUGCAAUUCGGGAUGAAUGCAGCAUGUAGAGAGGAUAGAAAGAAAGCUCAUUUCGGCGAAAGUUUAGCCAGGAUAACGCUUGCACCAUCAAAUCAUCUACUUCGCUUCAAUUCGAACAUUGGUUCUGAGUGAAUGCCAAAAAUAUUUAAGUCACUUGCCAGUACUGUGUUUACGCCAGAACGCAGUCUAACCGUCAGUCCAGCGAUUCCUUUUAGCAACACCGUAGUGCUUUAUGUGGCCGACCCACAUGGUGUCACCUAUGUUACCGUUGCAUGUCGACUGUCUGUGGCAGAGUACUGAACGUGAGGUCAGCCAAACACAGUGACGAAUCUGAUCGCCCCGCAGAGAUGCAACAUGGGUUCCCGUCCGCGACAGUGCCUACGACCCAAACUUAACCGGUCCCCCCGGGGGGAGGGAUUUUAUUCUAUUCGGAAACGCUAGCUAUUAGCUUGUCGGUCGGCGGUAGAACGAGUUUGUGCGACAUGGCUGAGUCCAACCUUGCAACAUUCCUAGAGUGUCCAGUGACACCUCUGCCAUAAUGUGCAUGACUAUGGCAACGGUGGGGUGAAGAACCACACUUAACUGUCAGUAGACUGUGGAUUGUGUCAUAGGGGGCUUUAUAUUGGCAUCCAUUUGUAGGCCAUUGCAGACAUUACACUGCCAACAACAAUUACGUCCCAUGAACUCCAACCACUGCUUGAACCCUGUUAUUUUUUGGACUUUAUUUUUUGUUCGUUUUUUAAUUAACGCGGUCAUCUCCGUUGCUAUGCGAAGGCGUACAACGAGACUUUCGGCAGAAAUCCAAACAAUUUCUGUGUUUCCUUGCACUCCGUCAGCUUACUGUCUGGCAUGCUGCCCCACCCGUGAAACCCACAUUACCAUUAUCCACGUACAGUCCACCGACAGUUAAACGGGCUCCUUCACUCUGCCGUUUCCAUGUCUACGCCUCAGACAUUUCGGAGGCGGAUUAAAACAGAGGAACAACACGCUAAUGGGAUUACUGGUCUUGCUCUUGAGCGCAUUUGCGGAACCCGUGUAUAAGUUCGAAGCAGAGUUCCAGACGAAAAUCGUUCCCUCAGCACAACGUACGUAUGGAUUCACAGAGGACGGACACGUGGAUUAUUUCGCCUCAUGCAUGCCACUGCAAUAACUAGCAUUAUUUAGAUGUUCUUAACCAGGCCAGGGAGUACACUGGCGGAAAGAACCGACUGACAUUUUACUGUCGGAUUCAUCCAAUGAACUACCAGCAAAUUCCGCGACCGGAGUAUAUAAAUGGUGUAGAAUUGUGUAGGCAUAACAAGGCCCGGUCAACGCGAACAAUCAUGAUGAAACUUCCUUCUUCGACCCUGCUUCAGGCCGUUUUGGUCUUCCUGGCCGUCAUGUCCGGCAAGUUUUCUCCCUGCAUAGAAUACUUAACGAUGCUUGACCCUGGUAGUCAUCUGUUUGUGUUUGGGCAGUCAGCUCGCUAUAUCAGAUUCAGUGGAUUUCAUAAUUUGCGCAUGGCUGGGCGGGUGACUUGGCCCAUAUUUGAUUGAACUCAGGCCUCCCAGUGAGGCUUAGUAGACAAACCGCAGCCACCUGUAAUACGGGACCGAGGUUAAUAGGGCUUUUUAUAGGUGGAGUCGGAAAACGCACAGGCGGCGAGGUCAAAUAGUUGUGGGCAAACCAAAAGCUAUUAGGAAUGCACGGUCGUAAUUUGAGUGGUUGAGAAAUAUUUGCCCUAAUGCCAACCCCUAACCAUAACCCCUAACACCGACCCGACGUCCAUUAGGUGGGGCUACAUAACCAUAUCUUGCUGAUGAUGCUUUGACUUUGCCUUUACGAAACUAGUGGGAGCUAGUUUAACGAAUGACCGAUCCGUUUGCGGGAAAAACUGCCCUUCCGCUUAAUGAACAUUCACAAGGCGGCCAACACAGACCCCGAUUUAACUUGCAUACUGAUAGACUUUACUUUUAGCUUGUGAAGACAGACCACCAACCUACAAAAUAUGCAAGGGUGAACGCACCGAAUGUCGGACUGUGAGCUAUCGAGUUGGUGACCAAAGCGAGGGUCGUCUCUGUCGCGAGGCCUGCGGAAAACCAAGAGGUUGGUGGCUUUUUAACCUGCCUGCACCUACUGCAUGCCAUUUCUGUCCGCAAGAGUUUCGUUUGUUUGCAGAGCUCUGCUCGUCAUAGCGCAUGCCGUGAACAUCAGACAUUUUCUCUUUCUUCAGGAGAAUCAAAUAAGCAGUGGACAGCGUACCACUGCGAAAGGGGCAGCAAAAACUGCAGCGCAUACGAAAUUUUCGGUCGAGAUGACUUCGACACUACCUUCGACAGACACGUCAAGUGUGUCAAAAUGUGUUACUUUGUCGCUACAGGUAAAUUGCUUUGUCAGCCCUACACUUCCCUACUCGUCCAAUCUGUGAACGAGGUGUUUUGCUGAACUUCUCCUAUGAAACCAACUGUCGCACUGCCUAUGCGUGUACUCGUUCCCUUUUUAGUUCAACACAACUCCCAAAGUCCCAUCAAGCUCUGCUCCGGCGCAAAGAAUCAGUGUGAGGUGAUGAAGAGAGUAAACGGGACGUUCGAUGCUCUCAACAUGUGCGCAUUCAAAUGCGACGGCUGGGCAAAACGUAAGUUGGCAGUCAGCUGCCGCCACGAAACAUUCCAACUUUUUCCCCUGCUCUGUUGUCGCUAAGUUGUUGUCUUUUUAUUAAAGUGGAAAACAGCAAGAAGCACUCAACAUCCUUCUGUGACGAAGACGGCAACUGUCAGAAGGGCCUAUACUUCAGUCCGCCAGACGCCAAAAAAACCUUCAACGCCCUGAAGGACUGCUUCAAAAAUUGCAUGCCAGGUAAUAAUACUAAAUAUGUAGUAUAAACUUUCUCAAAAAUACCCGCUGCUCUGACCGGAGAAAAUGCACUAAAAGUUAGGUUUUAAAAUUUCCCUGUCGUCUCGAUGUCAGAUUUAUCCACCAAAAGUAUAAAGGUUGCUGUGCUACAGGCCACUCAAAAUUGUCUUGCAGGUUUAAAAGCCAUUUGUUUUACCAGUGUGAAAUACUUUCGCCGAAGAUAUCUCUCCAUAUUCAACCCACAGCCAAUAGGACUGAAUUCGGUUAUUCAGGUAGAAACAUCAUGAGUCCCACGCCUUAAUUCGAAAUACGCAGACAUCACGGUCUCUGCCACUUCAAAUGAGAAAUGCAACAAGCAAAUAGGUUUAGGUUGUCGACUCUGUAUGAACGCGUUUUCACGUGUUUGUCAGUUUACUACAAUGUUAUAGAUUUGGGUGAGACACAGUCAUAUCAACCUCCGCGUAAUACGGGUGGAACUGCCCUAAGUUUCAGGAAGGGGACCUUUUUCCUUGUUCUUGCUCCAACUCUGUUUUAACCUUAACGCUAGUCGCCGUGAAAUUCGGCCCAAGGCUACCUUUAUUAUGUGGAGGGCGAGUGGCGGAGAGAGUUACCAUUCCAGUUUCCUGCCUAGCCUACUCUAUAAAAAUAUGCAGCCCACAUAUGCUUUUGGUGCGUCACAUAUUCCGAGUUGAGCGCUAAGUAAAAGAUGGUAAUUUUUCAUGUGAAUUUUGAGCGCCCUGGCUGGAAUUUUUCAUACAGCUAGCGGACGGAAUACUAUCCAAAAAGUCCUUAAAUUGUUCAUACAAAAUGAUAUUUCCCUUUUAGAGUAAGCGUCUACCACAGCGCGUAGUUGCGAGCGGAUACUUUCCCAAGUUAUCUACUGUCGGUGUGGUUUGAUUGUUACCAAUUUAAUAAACAUGUGCUUUUGGUCAUAAUUCUGACUUUUUUAAAAACCUCAAAGGACUGAAAAUCUCCAAGAUUUUGGCAAUAUGCUGCAGUCUACUAAAAUACACACACACAUUGCACCCUUUGAUGAAUGCAAUUGGUCACAUACGCACCUUAAUUUCUAAAUUAUUUUAACGCACGCCGUCAUCUCGAGGGCAAACCAAGGUUGACCACAUGGCCUAGUUGUUUGUACAAGUCAUGUUUCUCUCUCCAUCUGGGAGCUGCUUCCCAUUAGCACAGUGUCUGACUUUCAGGUGCCCGAACAAGUACUCGAAAUGCUGUUGUUGAGAGGGGUGGUUAACAGAAUGGUCAUUAUGAAGUAGGUGUUUAAUGAAUGAUGAAUGAGGGAGUUUUCAUUCCAAAAUUAAAAGUCAUUUGGGCAAGCGCCUAGCUGCCAGCCGCCCCUUGGUCUGCCCAAAGUACAUUCACCCACAAGUGUCUGUGAAUUCAUAGAUACAAUUCGAGCUGGCGUGCAGUGGCAAGGCGUCCUUCGUUCUUUCUUUGAAUUGGAAUAGUCUUGGUAGGUUUGCUGAAUAUGAGUUAGGCUGCAUUGCGAGUCCUUUCAGUAGCGCGAAGUAACCGUCGUUGAGAUGGCAUCGACCUUACAGGGGUGUUAACAUGAAUAUCAUCAGUGGAGCACAUGAAUGUUACAAUCGACGAAAUCUGUGGAUGGCAUUGAGAAAACUCGCAUUUACGUCAUAUGCCGACUCAAUUUAAAAGGUGCGAAUUGGAGAUAUGUUAACUGACACAGAACAGGUAAGCAAAAGUCAUUGGUUCGAGAGAGUCAGACUAGGUAAGACGGUAUACGGCGAACAAACGUAGCCCCAACCCUAAACUUUACCCCUUAACCCCAACCUUAAAGCGGUCAGAUAUGGUUAUGUAGCCGCACCUGAGCUAAACAAUCCUCAGCCACCUGUAAUAUGGGACCGGUGGUAAUAGGGCUUUUAUCACGUGAGGUCGGGGAACGAACAGGCGACGAGGUCAAGCAAUUGUAUUCGAAAGAAAUGCUAUUGGGAAUGCGCGGUUGUAGUUUGAGUGGGUGAGAGAUAGUUGUUCUAACUUGUAACCCUAGGCCUAACCCCUAACCCUAACAGUAUUGUGUACAUCGUGUGUGGCUACAUAACCAUGUCUUUCCCUUAAACCUAACCCUGUAUCCAACUCAAAUAUAGGCGCAACUUUAAACUUAAACUCGACCCAAACUCUAAUCUCAACCCUAGGCCUAGCCCUAAAUCCUUACCCUGAUUGCAUAUUUCAAACGUCAACCCUAAAUUUUAAUUCUGACCCUAAGCGGCUCACCACGAACGAAUACCAGCAUAACGUGCCUACCAAAAUCAAAUAAAUAGAAAUGUUAUAACGGUGACGUCUGUGCAUACAUAUUCGAUUAUUACUGGGUAAGGAUGCAAUAAGGUGCAUUUUUAUAAUUGAACGUCUCGUCAAUUUCAGCCGCAAUAGGUUGAUAUCCGUUGAGAGUACGGUGCUGAAUAGUCACGUUUAGUCAGGACAGCUUUGAAGCAAGAAAAUUCUGCGUCCCAUCAGGAGAGUGUAGACGAGAUUGCGUUCCCCUUAUAUUGGCACAAAACUCAGGAAACGUAGAUAUUGGCCCUCCCACGUAUUUUUCCGGGAAACGGAUCGCCUAUCACGAACUGUGAACUUAAAUCGCCGUAGCGCACGAUACUGCCACCCCGCAUCCACGAAAGGUAUAUUGCGUCAAAUAUAUGACCGAGCUUCAAAACAAGGUAUAUUUUGGUUUAUAAAGUAGUAUUUGUUGACUAAUAAAUUUUCUGGACUCGACCUGAUUUUCAUGAACUAAAAAUCUCAAUUUCCGUUUCCAGAGUGGCCUCCUGUGAUAUUUUUCUUUGUUAUAUGAAAGUUUAUUUAUAACGCAACGCGUGCAAAUUAGACGUUUUAAUAGGGGAUACUUAUCAGAAUAGGAAAUUAAGUUGAUAUCCGGAGAUGUCAAAAGUUGCCUAAAUUUGGUCCGUUUCCCCUCAAAAUACUGAACUAGUAUAAAUUAUUCUUUAGAAAAGGGCUUUUUGGGAUUCUAAUCAAUUCUAGAAACAAAAAGAACCCAAGCAAAUAUGUGCCGUCCCCUCAACUCAAACACUGUUCUCGACAUUUCAUGAGUUAGGUCAUAUACUGCAAUUCACGAAUGCCCUCGCCUCUCUCAGUAUGCGUCCCCACCUUGUAAAAUAUUCAGGGUCAGAGGGAACGAACACAAACCAGGCUCGACUUUUUCAAGAGUCACAAUCCUGCCAUAUGACCUGCAACUGAUCCAAUAUCCGCUUCUCCAACAACGGAUCGCCUGUUAGACUUUCGAAUUCGGAAGAGAUGGAUGACGUCGACAAUUCCAGGAAUAGGACAUUCCUGGCUCCGUAAAAAUGUUUCGUCUCACUGGUGUGAGGUUCUCAGACUAGAGUCUGUUGAAAAGGACCGGUUGGUAGUAAGCCAUGGUCAGAGGCGAAGUGACUCGACUGACGGAUGCCAGGGGAAUCGUUCAGAUUUAACAAUUAGACUUUUCGAGACCUUGUACUUCUCUUCGUGCGACCGGUAGAAAUUCCGCAGUUAAUCUGUUUGUACUGAAGGCUGUAGCAAAUAUCCGAAAGCAAGGCUUUAGUUAUGCCAUCGAUGGGCUGACAAGGCAAAUUCUUCAACCGCUCUUGCGUAUAUUACCUCCUGACCAUCAAAAUGUGCGCAGCAGAGUUCGCACGAACGGAAUGGUCCAAUAUUGUCGCUGAUUUAAACAAACGCUACAGCCUAAAUUGUGCGAGACAUUGUGCCAUUUGUACUAUCAGUAGUAUCUUCCCCAACACCGCAACUAUCCCCCAGUUAAGUGGCAAAUGCUGCUGCCAUUUGUAAACGACGGCAGGACACGGGAAUAAAAAGCUUCAAUAAAAAUUGACUACCUAAGUAUCAUGCAUUUUUCGCAUCGAUAUUCGAUGGCCACAUAAAUUCAAAUAUAUUAUAUAUAAAACUUGCAAAAAUGCGCUUUCUUCUACUCGGUCGGUAGAAAAUCAUGUUAUUUUUACAUUUUAUACCCUAAGGAAGGUCAUUUUUGGUUUUAAAAAGUUUCUAAUUAUGUGAUUUUUAAGACCAUGCGAUGUCCAUUCCUACUGCAUCGUACAUUUCCGUUUAUCAAUGCUCCCCAUGAAAUGUACACCAUUGUCGCAUCCAUUGCAAAAUUAUACGAACUCUAUGUUUAUUCCCGAUCGAAACCGACAGCUCAACGGGCUCGCGGCCCAGUGGUUAGAGGCGUGGACUUCUAACCGACAGGUCGCAAGUUCGAGCCUCGGGUGUAUCACACUUUGGGGUUGGGCAUGACUGGCUGACGACGGCUAAUAAGCCAGAAAUGGCCAUUCCAGUCUCCCUUGUCUUUGUCAGUAAUGGCAUUCUGUCUAUAUGGUAUCUUUUUUAAGGCAUAGAGGAAUAUAUGAUUACCCCCACGCGGAGAAUAUACACUCUGUAGACUGAAAUCGCCAAACGCUUAUGAACCCUCUGAUCUGGCUCAAAAAUUUUCGGAAAUUGUGAAAACUUUUUCAAAACCUAAAUGUACGCUUUCUUCGGGUACAAAAUGUAAAGGCAAUGUGAUUUCCUACCCUAUGAGUAACAGAAAGCGCAUUUUUGCAUGUUUUCUACGAACUAUAUUUGACUUUAUAAGACCGUCGAAAAUCGAUGUGAAGAAUGCAUGCUACUUAAGUAGUCAAUUUUUACUGAGUGUGGUUUAUGCAGAAUGGCGAAAGGACAGGCAUUCAAGAGCCGACAUCCUGGCGAGUCCGAAAUACUGUAGGAUUAUGCCCCACAAUAAUCAGUAUUACAGUCGCACCUAAGUAAUCCUUCCAAAUCGAAAACGCAUUUCAGAAUUUUGGCCAAAAUUUCAUGAGACCGCUCACUCACUGUAGGUGUGGCAUUGGACUAACCUCAUCCUGGAUUAAUUCAGAAGCAAUUCAACGUUUCAAAUUGUGUAUUUAACCGCGAAAAUAAACUACAUUAAGACCACGAUACAUAAAACUGACUGUAUGACAAGCUAAUAAGUAACACGAAUAUCUGUUGUGUUAUUGCUGCUGUAGAUUACAAAAUCCCAGUAUAAAUUCCUUGUUUGGGUUUCUCUUCCCGACCAAAAACCCUCUGCAUUCUGUUUGGUUCCCUGUCAAAACGUGACCCAAUCUUACCAUUGCCACACAGUGGCCUUACCUGACCGGAUUGGGCGGGGUUGGGCUGGUGCUGGCAGGGCUUGCACAAAACUAUAGGAAAGUUAUCGAUUCCCGUGUCGGAAACCUAACCCUAACUUAACACGGUGCCACUCAUAUUACAGGGUGGGUCCCUGCUUUCAUAUCCUAGCAAAAAGACAGCUAUAUUCUACAUGAACAGGUGUUGAAUCUCUGUUUGCAAUAAUAUGCGUGGUGUCGUCCAGGCAAGCAUGAUGACUGACAAAUGCUUUAUGAUGUUGGCAGUGGCCAAAAUCUCAUAAAAAUAAAAAGGCAGAGCAGAGAGAAUGUUCAGGUAUAGGGACUUUAAAUGCCUUUUCUGCCAAUCGUUCUUCGAAUUUCUCCGCCCAUUGGUUCUACUUUACAGCAUUUAUGUCCUCUUCUGCGGUGGCAAUUCGUUCAAACCUAAACGUGUUUGAGACGCGGUUGGUUUGGAAAUAAAAAAUGUUUGUACCAAGAUCCUUCCAACGUAUUUCGUUCGCCUUCUUCAAAUAUUCUGAAUAAUCGGCUGACUAGCACUUAAAUACGAAACAUGAACACAAUUUUGCACAAGAAGGGGACAUUUCCUUGAAGGGGCUGAAUGAGUAAGCAAAAUGCGCAACGUCUAAUGCGUCCAGAAAUUCUGUCAUCGGUUUUCAUUAUCGGGUUCCUGAGAUAUGCCACGUUCUGUAGUGAGUAAAGCGUAAUAGACAAACAUAUAGACAAAUAGACAGAGUUGCUAUGGGCCAGUCUCUUGGUCUUAUCCUAGCUGAUGUCUUCAUAGGCAAGCUGGAGAAGUUUCAGUCAAACGACCAAAUCAAUAAGCCCAGGCCCUAUGGUCGCUACGUUGACGACAUCUUUGAAAUUGCCACCAGAGAAACAAACGUGACUACCCUCUUGGAUGCCGUAAACCAAACACACUCGUUGAUAAGGUUUACACGGCAGGCUCUCUGCGUCUCUUAG